AUGUCUGCCAACAACGCCAUAUUCAUGCUGUCGCAAGCGCAGCUAAUGAAAGUCAUUGCCCAACAAGGAGCUCGCGGACCGACGCGCAUACCCAUCUGCGUAUUAUGCGAAAGAAGCCAUUGGCCUAGUGAGUGCAACAAUAUGCACUCGACGGUCGAAGAACGCCAAACGGUCCAGAGACGUUGCCGAGCACCACGUACAGAGACCUGCAAGAAUCGAAGAGUGUUUAAUUUGAUCGCCACAAUCUGCGCUAGCACAGAUAAGAUCGCGAAGGAAUAUCAAACAGGGAUGAUUUGCAGCGGACCCGACGAUUCAGGUCACCCGAUAAGGCCAGGAUUGAAGAGUCUUUCUAUCUACUGCGUUCAACUCGAAAGACAUUUGCCGUGUUUGUGGAACGCGGUCGUAUUAAUAUCUGUAGAGUCAGCUAGCACACAUAAGAUUCCGAAGGAAUAG